AUGGCAACCGUACACAAGCUCUUCAAGUCGCCAUUCUUCGAUUUCGAGUUCCUUCGUCUACUGGCCAUGGCACCUCACGAAGGUGCCGAGAUCGGAGAGGCCCUGGAAGCAGCAGCCAAGAUCAAGGACUUAGAUCCAGAAUCAUGGUACAGCACCCUCCUGGAGACCGGUAGCAAGGCAGAAGCUAUCGCGAAAGAAGCCGAGGCUUCUGGAGAUCGUGUAGGUGCACGACGCGCGUACUUGCGCUCGUCAAACUACCUUCGCGCAGCGCAAUUCAUGCUCAAUGAAGGUCCUAUAGGACAUGACACAAGAGUCCUCCCAACAAUUGAACGGGCGAUCGCAAAUUUUAGAAAGGGCGUCCAGUAUCGUGAUGGAAAGACAAUCUUUUUGGAAAUUCCGUACGAGGGAAGGAUUUUGCCUGGUUAUCUUUACCUCCCACCCACCUUCAGACGCAUCCCUGAUCGCAAGAUCCCCGUCCUGCUCAACUCGGGCGGCGGUGACUCCACCCAGGAGGAAAUCUACUUUGUGAACCCAGCGUACGGGCCGGACUUGGGCUACGCAGUCCUCACAUUUGAGGGACCCGGUCAAGGAAUCGUCCUCCGUCGCGACAAGUUGCCGAUGCGCCCGGACUGGGAAGCUGUUACAGGUCCUGUCCUCAAUCACCUCUUCGACCUCGCUGCUCGUCGUCCUGAACUCGAAUUAGACCUUGAUCACAUUGCCGUCACCGGCGCGUCGAUGGGUGGCUACUUUGCACUCCGUGCGGCCUCUGACCCCCGUAUCAAAGCAUGUGUGAGUGUGGACGGGUUUUACAGCUUGUCGAGCUUUGUGGGAGGCAGGAUGCCUGGGCCACUCUUUAACGGCUUCAUGAGCGGCUGGCUUUCUGACAGCAUGUUCAAUGGAAUACUCAGCUUCCUCAAGAAACUUGACUUCCAGGCCCGAUGGGAAUUCAAUCAUUUAAAGUGGGCCACUGGAUCCAAGACGGAUGCGGAUAUCAUGCGUAGCUUUGGCGACUACACUUUGCAGAAUGCCGAUGGCACGGAAUACUUGGCGGACGUCAAAUGUCCGACACUUGUUACCGGAGCCGGCGCAAGCUUUUACUUCAAUCCUGCCACCACAACGGACAAGAUUUAUGAGUGUUUGACUAGUCUCAAGGACGGUGUGGAUAAAGAGAAGUGGAUUGCUACUGAUGUAGCGUACGGAGGCCUGCAGGCCAAGAUCGGUGCUUUUGGAUAUUCGGCACAGAAAACUUUCGAGUGGCUAGACGAGAUAUUUGAAGUCAAGAGAGAGCCAUUGACAGCCAGUUCAAUUUUGGAAGACUUGGUGAGUAACUAG